AUGGUGCAAGAUGCCUGCGCCAAAAUCGAGAUGCGCUUCAUGCCCGUGGCCACUGGCCAGGUUAUUCGUGCUCCUAUUGUUAAAGGUGGCCGCGUCCUUACAGCGAAGGUAACGACAGAGAUCUUGUCUGGCAUUAUCGACAAGAUUCACGAAGAGCCUUUCGUCCUCGCCGCGCGGCUCCUCGUUGACGAGGAGUGCAUCUCGCGAGACGUCAACUGGCCGCAGCCGCUCAGGUAUCUCUCGUUUGAAAAACGUGGGGUCCUUGUAGGUGCCAUGGAGCCGGGGAUUUACAAGGUCAUUGAUGAGAGUCUGACGAAACGACUCAUGGUCUAUAAGAGGGACGGGAUUGAACUGAGUUAUAACUGCAUUGAUAUUGUCCCCAGAUAUCCUGGAAUCACCAGAGGCAUGAGAUUGGAGAAGGAGAACGGAACUUAUGUGCCAAAUUAUCGAUAUCUUCGUUCUGACGAUCAUCAGCCAGCACGGUAUGAAGGGAGAUCUGGUGUUCAAUUAAGGAGAUCCACAGGCAAAAGUCUGAGUAGCACGUAG